AUGAAAUCCAUAGUUUUGUUAGUAUUGGUUGCAACAGCCUUCGCUACUAAUUUAGCCGCUUUCGAGAAACUUGAAUAAUCCAAACUUGGAAAGACAUUGUUGAACACAAUUGCUAUUCAAAUGCAAACAGGUGAACCAUUAGAAAGAAUUUUCUCUACACUCUAUGAUUUGGAAGAGAGAUAUCAAAACGACUAAAGAGAAGACGAUGCUGAAAACAAAGCCUUCUAAGGUGUUUGUGAUGCUGAUCUUGCUGGUCUUAACUAAGAAAUUGCCAACCUUGAAUAAAGAGACACAGAAUUAUAAGCCAAACUCGACGAACUUCAACCAGUCCAUGAUUAAAAGGUCGGAUAAAGAGUUGCCAAAUUAGCUGAAAAAGCUCUCCUCUAAAAAGUUAUCGAUGAAGCUUAAGCUAAAAGAUAAGAAUAGAAUGAUGACUUCGAAGCUUAAAGAGAAGAAUUCACAUUUGUCUCAGGUGUUCUUGCUGAAGCUAGAAGACUCUUCACAGACAAUUUAUAAGCCCCAGCUUUCUUAUAAAAGGGAUCAAGUGAAGCCGUUCACUAUACACCAUAAGUUUUUGCUUAAGUUGCUACUCAUUUAAAUGCCGCUGCUCACAAAGCCGGUUAAAUGAAACACAUUAGAACUUUCGGAAAAGCCAUCAAACUUAUGGCUUCUUUGGCUGUCAAAUCUUAAUAAUAUGCUAACUAAGAAUUAACCGGAAGAAUCAUUCAAUUAAUCGAUGACUUAUAAAACUAAUUGAGCUAAGCUUUCGAUUUAGCCAGAAAGACUGAAGAUGCUAGAAGAUAAGCUUAUGAAGCAUACAAUACACUUUUGAACAGAGAUAUGAAUAAGCUAAACUCUGCAAUUGCCAAUUUAGAAGCUGAAAUCUAAUCAUUGGCUGAUUAACUUGCUGCCACUCACAGCUCAUAAGAUGACAAUGCUGCCAGACUUGAAGCCAAGACCUAAUAAAGAGAUGACAGAAGAGCAGAAUGUUAAUAAGCUGCUUAUGAAUAUUAAUAAAGAAGAACUGCAAGAGAUGGAGACAGAUAAACUGUUUCUGACUUGAUUGGACAUUUGAAUAGCAACAUGAGAGACUUAAAGGAAUACAUUGCCAUGAGAGUUGCUGCUGGUGAUUCUGAUUUGAGCUAAUGAUUU